GAUGACUAGAGACUGCGGACAUAGUACAGGAGAUGACCAGAGACUGCGGACAUAGUACAGGAGAUGACCAGUGACUGCGGACAUAGUACAGGAGAUGACCAGAGACUGCGGACAUAGUACAGGAGAUGACCAGAGACUGCGGACAUAGUACAGAUGACCAGAGACUGCGGACAGUACAGGAGAUGACCAGAGACUGCGGACAUAGUACAGGAGAUGACCAGAGACUGCGGACACAGUACAGGAGAUGACCAGAGACUGCGGACA